AUGGCAUCAUUCGCUCAACGUUUCGCUAUUCCGCUAGGUGCGGCAUUCUUGGUUGCUCAAUCAAGUCUUGUGAGCGUUUAUGGUGGUCAACGUGCUAUCAUCUUUGAUCGAUUCCAAGGUGUAAAAGAACAACCAUUAGGAGAAGGAAUGCAUAUCGUCAUUCCAUGGUUACAAAGAGCAAUUUUGUACGAUGUACGUGUAAAGCCAAGAAAUAUUUCCACAACAACAGGAUCGAAAGAUUUACAAAUGGUCACUUUGACACUUCGUGUGAUGUCAAGACCUGAUGUUCAACAUUUAUCCAAGAUUUAUCAAGGUUUGGGAUUGGAUUACGAUGAACGUGUUUUACCUUCGAUCGGUAACGAAGUUUUGAAGGCAAUCGUUGCACAAUUUGAUGCAGCAGAGCUGAUCACCCAACGUGAAGUUGUAUCCAGUCGGAUACGUGAAGAUUUGCUAAAGCGUGCUCGUGAAUUCAACAUCGUUUUGGAAGAUGUUUCGAUCACUCAUUUGGUUUUCGGACAAGAAUUCACAAAAGCAGUCGAACAAAAGCAAAUCGCUCAACAAAAUGCUGAAAGACAAAAGUUCGUCGUCGAACAAGCAGAACAAGAACGUCAAGCUUCCGUUAUCCGAGCAGAAGGUGAAGCAGAAGCAGCUCAAGUUGUUUCUAGAGCAUUGGAAAAGCACGGUGAUGGUCUAUUGACAAUUCGUCGUAUUGAAGCAUCAAAGGAGAUUGCAAACUCUCUCAGCGGAACACGCAAUGUUACAUGGCUACCCGCUCAAAAUGCAAAUAUGCUCCUCAACAUGCCUGCUCAAUAAACAGGCUACCCCACUUGUCUUUUGUAUAUUUUCUGUCCCUAAUCAUACUGCCAAUCACACCUCAUCAGCAGAUAAUCAUGUGAGAUUGCGAGCGAUAUAGUAUACACUGUUGGGUAUUGUACAAUAUGCUAAGAGCCUUCUUCGCGGAUCUCCAUUGUCCAUAUGAUUGCUUGUUCAGUUUCAACAGUC